GCUUCUUUGUGGCAUGGUUGUGGCAUACAUUGUGGUUGCAGUUUGUCUAUUAUAUUAUAUGCCUAUGCACAACAUUUUUUUUUUCAGGAGCCAAGGAGCAGCCUGAUCUAGGAGCCUGAUCAAGGAGCAGCUUGAUCUAGGAGAAGCUGCCACCUCCAUCUCUAAGCGAUUCGUCCUGAUUCGAUUUACGGGCUAAGAGUGUGUGCAGCCCUCCGUCUAUCUGCCGUCAUGUUCAUCGUCGUGUGGUCGCUGCUGCUCACGGCGGUGGCGGCUGCAGCGGCCGACCCCACGCCGCCCCUGCAGGUCGUGCUCUACUACGAGUCGCUCUGCCCCGACUGCCAGGCGUUCGUGUCUGGCAGCUUCGCCGAGGCGUGGCACGCCGUGCCCGAGAUCCUGAACGUCACACUGGUGCCCUGGGGGUUCGCCACGGCCACGCCGGACGGUGCCGGCGGCUGGGUGUUUCAGUGUCAGCACGGCCCGGCCGAGUGUCGCGGCAACAAGCUGCACGCGUGCGGCGUCUACUUGGCUCCCAGCCCGGCCGUCUCCGUGGACUUUUCCAUCUGCCUGGAGUCGCAGAUGGCCGGCGAGCAGUGCGCCCAGCAGACGGGGCUCGACUGGCUGUCACUGACCGACUGCCAGCUGCGGAGGGACACCGACCAGCUGAUGAUCCCCUACCGGGACAUGACGGACGCGGCGCGGCCGGAGAUCGUCGAGGUGCCCACCGUCAGCGUCGACGGCCGCCAGGAGCACCAGGGGCAGAUGCUGGACGACUUCCUCGGCUACGUGUGCUCGGUGUGGCAGGGCGACACGCCGGACGGCUGUCCGCCAGCGCACUGAGCCGGCGGAGACCGGAACAGACCGGCUCGGCUGCGACUAUAGGUGAUGUGCUGUGGCUGAAAAUAGUGAAACGGGGGAGCGAAAUAUGUCUUCUAAACCGUGCUACAAUGCGUCGUGAUUCUGUGCCUUUCCCCGGACUGUUCUUUUUUACGUGCCCUGGUUGAGAGGGAUGUGCCGUGCAAACCGGCCCAAUCGCGAUGGGGAAAACUAGCUGUUACAUUAGACGACGCACUGAAAAUGUUUUAGGUGCCAAAGAUCCAGGGUAGGGUUUGUGGGUGGUUGCUACUUUCCGGGGUACAGGGCUCACGUCUGUAUGGGUGUGCUCGUGCUUUUCCCACCGAGAGCAAUAUAUGGCUUAUGUGAGGAGACAACGAUCUUUUAUUUUUU